UAGCUUGCUGUUUUGGGUCACUUAGCCGCUAGAACCAGGCCGCCACUGAGGUUGCUUCUUCAGCGUUUUAGGCACAUUGUCCUGAGACAGAAUACAUCAAAUUAUACUUCAACUACUUUGUUCUACAGACACUUCCAAUAAACCGCGUUUCAUCAUGCGAAACCAAGAAAAUCAAUCAAUCUCUGCUUCAGCAGAAGUUCACUGUUUCAAUGGCUUGCUAUUUGAUAUGGACGGUACUAUCAUUGACUCCACAGACGCAAUCAUACAGGCAUGGCACAAGAUAGGAAAGGAACUGGGAGUUGAUCCGGACGUCAUCCUUGCAACUUCGCACGGCAGGAGGUCUAUAGACACGAUACGGGAAUACGACCCAGAGAAGGCGAACUGGGACUUUGUCAGUAAGAUGGAGGGUCAAAUUCCGCGAGAGUUUGGGUCUGCUGCGGUAGAGGUCCCCGGUAGUCGAGCACUCCUGGAUGACCUCGAGAAAGUAGGUGUUCCUUGGGCGAUUGUCACAUCUGGAACCAGACCGUUGGUAACAGGCUGGCUCGAUGUCAUGAAGUUGGCACAUCCAAAGUUCCUUGUUGUUGCAGAGGACGUCCAACAUGGGAAACCAGAUCCAACCUGCUAUCAGAUGGGGGCAUCAAUGCUCAAGCUGGAGAGAAAUGCCCAUAUCCUGGUACUCGAAGAUGCGCCUGCAGGCGUGCGAGCUGGAAAAGCGGCUGGAUUCAAGGUUGUUGCUCUUAACACCACUCACACAAUCGAGCAGCUAAAAGAGGCGGGAGCUGACUGGAUCGUACAUGACAUGCGAAGUGUGACGAUGAAGGAGUGGGACAAGGACUCAGGCACGGUGAAGAUACAGAUAGCCAAUUCGGUGAUCGUUUGAUUAUUUGAACCAUUUUUCGUCCAAGGAGUACUUGUGAGAUACGGUGUGGUAAAAGCUUAAGCAGUCAUUGGAUACGGACACCACAGGCGCCUCGCGCAUCGAGGGGAAGGUUACAUUGCAUCAAGCGGAAUUGAACGGGGGCGGAAUUGAACGUGGACGGAUAGACCAAAAUAGGGUCAUUCUAGAAUAAACUCCGAAGA